UUUGCAACUUGGAGUUCAUCUUAAGAGCUUGGUUUUUCAAUACUAAUGUGUCUGAAAUUAUCUUGAGGUUUUGUGGUUGCUGGUGAUUCUCUGCAAAACCUAAAACAGUAGCUUCCUUUUGCUUGGUGAACUGUCUAGGCUGUGUGAGUGCUCGCAGACCAGGGAAAUGCCCAAGCAGCCUUGCUAUUAGAUAAGAAUUCUGUUUGGAAGUCUGUCAGGUGGCCCAACUCUGCACAUUUCCCUGAGAAAUCUGUCUUAUUCAGGAGAAAUGGAUUCGAUCCCUGGAUCGGGAAGAUCCCCUGGAAAAGAGAAUGGCAACUCUAAUAUUCUUGGCUGGAGAAUUCCUUGGACAGAGGAGCCUGGCGGGCUACAAUCCAUGGAGUCACAAAGAGUCAGACACAACUGAGCUACUAAGACCUUCACUUUCAAAGAAGCUGAACCUUCUAGGUAAAUAAGUGGGAAAAAAAUGACAAGCAGAACUUAUGAUGGCACACUCCUCCUUGAUCCAGAUAUGAAAAAAAUAUAAUUUCACAUUUACCUGAUGGAGCUACUUUUCUACAGAGAAAAAUAAAAGGUGACUUCUGAAGCAUGGCUGCCAACAAUACUUCCUCCUGCGAUGACCCUAUAUUGACACCCCAUUUAACCAGGCUCUACUUUGUAGUGCUUGUUGGAGGGCUGAUGGGCAUCGUCUCCAUUUUGUUCCUACUUGUGAAGAUGAACACCCGGUCUGUGACCACCACAGCAGUCAUUAAUCUGGUGGUGGUUCACAGCGCUUUUCUGCUUACAGUGCCUUUCCGUUUGACCUACCUCAUCAAGCACACUUGGACAUUUGGGUGGUCCUUCUGCAGAUUUGUGAGUGCCAUGCUGCACAUCCACAUGUACCUCACAUUCCUGUUCUACAUGGUGAUUCUAGUCAUCAGGUACCUCAUUUUCUUCAAGCACAAGGACAAAGUGGAAUUCUACAGAAAACUACAUGCUGUGGCUGCCAGCACGGCCAUGUGGCUCCUGGUGAUUAUCAUUGUGGUACCCCUGGUUGUUUCUCAGUAUGGAAUUCAUGAGGGCUAUGAUAGCCACCACUGUUUCAAAUUCCACAAAGAACUUACUCAUGCAUAUGUGCAAGCCAUCAAUUAUAUGAUAGUCGCUAUUGUCAUAGUCAUCGCAGUGAUUCUCUUGGUCCUCCAGAUCAUCAUCAUUGUGUUGAUGGCACGGAAGCUCAGACACUCCUUACUAUCUCAUCAAGAGUUCUGGGCUCAGUUGAAAAAUCUGUUUUUUAUAGGAGUUAUUCUUAUUUGCUUCCUUCCCUACCAGUGCUUUCGGAUUUAUUACUUGUACACUGUGGCACACUCAAGAGACUGUAACUACAAUGUUGCAUUUUAUAAUGAAAUCUUCUUGAGUGUAACAGCGAUUAGCUGCUUUGAUUUGCUGCUCUUUGUUCUUGGGGGAAGCCACUGGUUUAAGCAAAAGAUAAUUGACCUAUGGAACUGUCUUCUGUGCCGUUAGCCACAGACUACAGUAUUCAACAUUACCUCCUUAAUAUUGACAGUAAAAACAGGAAUGGCUAUUUCAUUACUCAAUUAAAACCAUGUCUUGAUGAACCAAACAAAAGGACUGUAAAAUGUCAGAGCAUUCAUUUCAGCCUUUGUUUAAUUCUUAUCAUCUCUGAAUGACACAUAUACAAAGACUAGUGAUGUUCAAUCUACCUGGAGUUGCAAUACUGCAUUAUUUUCCAAUAUAAAAUAUCUACUUGGCCCAUCCGGUACUAUGGGUCCAAUGGUUUCUGAGUUUUACUACCUAAUUUUCAUUUCCUCAGUUUGAAACAUGCCCUUUCCUUAGGUUUUGGACUAGAUUCAGCCCUCUAAUUCUUUUCAUUCCACUUAAACUUAGGUAAGUUAAUCCUAGUCAUGAUUCUACAUCAAAGACACAAACUUCACUUGGCUAACCAGAUGAGAUGACCAUUCAACUCACACCCUCACACACACACACACACACACACACACACACACACAAACAUAUGAGGGGGGAGAAUAGUAUAAAAAAAAAACAAAAAAAAAAAAACCCACUUUUUUUAGAUUGUCAAAACUUCGAUAGGAAGUCACUAAUCUAGACAUCAAGAGAAACAGAACUCUGUGACUAAACAAGGUACCUAGAUUUGUCUUUUGAAAGAUAAGUUUUAAGGAUGAGAUCACUUUCCUCAAUACCUCCAAAAAAAAGCUUACCAAAUAUACCUAAAUGAUGGUGAAACUGUAACUUAGAGAAUAACCCUGACCAAUAUGCUGCUAGGCAUAAAAAUUAGUUCCCAAGGGAAGUGAUUAAAUUUCCCCUCUUUCUUUUUUUUGAAGGAUUUCUCCUUGUCUUGGGCCACAAUUUAGAUUUUCCUUGGAGACAGAAAGUUAUAUUGAAAUUUUAGAUUUCCCUUCCUCCCUUAGUUAUGUGUCUUUAAAUAAAUGAAAACAAUGUUCUAAAAAAAGAACUUCUGAGAAAUAUAUAGAAAAACCAUUAAGCUAGACUAUGAGAUUAGACUGCUAAAUUGAAACAUAGGACUGUGGAUUUUUUCCCUCAUGCUCACAUUUCAACUAUUUCCCUCAAAGUUUCACAAUCUUGAAACUUAGCAAAGAACUGAUCCUGUUUCCUAUUUGAUCCUUCAAAACCUGAAGUGAUUCUUGGUAGGAAGAGAAGAAAUGAGUGAAUUAAGGUAAUUUUUUUCUUCCCCCAGCAAGGUAAAUGUUUAGGAUUUAAAGAUUUUUCUUUAUUUGUUAUACCCUAUGCAUCCACAAAUUCAUCAAAUGAAUAAGAUAUCCUUGUGAAUUUUAUGAUUACUGAAAUUGCUGAGUCAUAGAAAUUAAUUUUGAGGAAGAAAAGUGACAACAUACUGCAUAUGUGACUUAUUCAAAUUUUUUUCCUGUUUUAAAUUUUCUCUUAUCCAUCUUUUUUUCUUUUUAAGUUAUAAUUAUUUAAAAAACUAAAAAAUUAUUUAUGAGAAUUACAUUGUUUCUCUCCUUGUAUAUCCAUGUCUUACUAUCAUAAUGUCUUGUUAGCUUGUAGAUUGUAUUAAUAUUAUAGUCUCUUUCAGUCUUUAAAUAUGUUGAGGUCAGGCAAUUAUGCUUUUCUCUGUAUUAUCAUAUAUUAUAAUAAAGAGCCUGUUUUACGGACCUAUAAGAAAUGCUAUC